AUGGGUGACAACAUCCAACCACAUGACAAUAAGACGGCCGACACAAUCGGCCACCAUGAGGAGCGUGCCAACCACAUUGACCCCGUCGAUUUAAGCCGUAACAUCGAGGCGAAGAUCAAGAAUCCUCUCGAGGGUAUCGGCUAUGAACAGCUUAUGCAUGAUGUCCAGGUCUUUUGCGAAGAGAAAGGUCUACAGAGUGAAAUUGAUCUUUUCCGCAAGGGUGCCUUGAUCGCCCAAGACCCUGAGAACUAUGCGUCUAUCGGUGGCACUGAAGCUCUUGAUGACGCUGAGAUCAAAGCGCUCCGCGAUGAGGUUGAACACAAGUGGCGCAUGCCGACGAAGCUGUUCCUUACCAUUGCAACCUGCUCGAUUGGUGCUGCCGUCCAGGGGUGGGAUCAGACUGGUACCAAUGGUGCCAACAUCUUCUUCCCAAAGGUGUACGGAAUCGGAAGCGACAGCACUCGCGACACCCUCAUCUUGGGUCUGGUCAAUGCUGGUCCUUACCUCGGCAGCGCUCUGAUGGGUUGCUGGCUGUCUGAUCCUCUCAACCACUACUUCGGUCGUCGCGGUGUCAUCUUCUUCUCUGCUCACUUCUGCAUUUGGCCCUUGAUCGGAUCUGCCUUCAGUCAGAACUGGCAGCAACAAUUCGCCAACAGACUGCUCAUGGGUAUCGGCAUGGGAGCCAAGGCCUCCACUGUUCCUAUCUACGCUGCUGAGAACUCGCCUCCGAGUAUUCGAGGUGCUCUGGUCAUGAGCUGGCAAAUGUGGACUGCCUUUGGCAUCGCUCUCGGUACCGCCUUCAACCUGGCAGUUUACUACGCCAACCACAAUUGGCGUCUCAUGCUCGGUGCUCCUUUCCUUCCGGCCGUUCCCCUUCUUGUCAUGAUCUACUUUUGCCCUGAGUCUCCGAGAUGGCUCAUGAAAAAGGGACGCUACGUCGCCGCAUGGAAGUCUUUGGUCCAGCUUCGAAACCACCCAAUCCAAUGCGCCCGCGACAUGUACGCCAUUCACGCGCAACUGUCUCUUGAGAGCCAAGUUCUGAGCAAGAACAACUAUGCAACUCGCUUCACUCAGCUCUUUACCAUUCCGCGUGUCCGCCGCGCCAACUUGGCUGCAUUCACCGUCAUGAUUGCUCAGCAGAUGUGCGGUAUCAACAUCAUUGCCUUUUAUUCCACCACCAUUUUCAAGGAUGCCAACAUGGGCGACUUCGAGGCUCUGCUCGGUUCCUUUGGAUUCGGUAUGGUCAACUGGCUUUUCGCUUUCCCUGCCUUCUGGACGAUCGAUACUUUUGGCCGAAGAUCGCUUCUGCUGUUCACCUUCCCUCAAAUGACAUGGACACUGCUUGCAGCCGGUCUCUCCACGUUGAUCGCCCCCGGAAUCACUCGAACUGCACUGGUAUCUCUCUUCGUCUACCUCUUCGGUGCCUUUUACUCCCCCGGUGAGGGACCGGUGCCAUUCACCUACUCUGCGGAGGUCUACCCCUUGUCUCACCGUGAGAUGGGCAUGGGUUUUGCUGUCGCUACCUGCCUCUUCUGGGCUGCGAUUUUGGGCAUGACGUUCCCUUUUAUCCUCAAGCGUCUCGGCGUCGUGGGCGCUUUCGGUCUGUACGCUGGCUUCAACGUUGUGGCAUUCAUAAUGAUCUUGUUCUGGGUACCUGAGACGAAGCAGCGUUCUCUCGAGGAGCUCGACUGGGUGUUUGCCCUGCCGACCAGCCGCUUUGCCCGCUACCAGGUCGAGAAGGCGAUUCCCUACUUCAUCAGACGCUGGAUCUUCUUCGACCGCAAGGCUACGUUGGAGCCGCUCUACACCUUUGAGAAGUCGCACCGAGUCGAGCGCGUCUCCGAGACCAAGGACGUUUCCGACGGCGAUAAGAAGAGCGAGUAA